GUCUUUCAAAUCCCUCGGAAAGCAAGAAUCUUCUAUUUCCUUGAUUAGGCUGGGCACCCCCAUGAAUGUAACAGAUGUAUCAGGAAAUGGCACUUCUCCCUGGGAAUGCAGAUCCCGAGUUCACCUCGUACUCUUACAACAACUUGGACACAUUUUGCGAAGUGCAACCCAAGAAAGGAUUAUUCUACAAAAAAGCAAGACUUCUGCAUCCUAGGGAAGACUUGUGUUGCUUAGCCCAUCGAGAGGAUCAAACAAGAUAUGUGAUUAUCAAUGUAGGUGGCAUCAAGUACAAGAUUCCCUGGACCACACUGGACAAUUGUCCCUUAACCAGGCUUGGAAAACUGAAAUUUUGCAGCAACUAUGAUGAAAUCAUGGACAUCUGUGAUGAUUAUGAUGUCAGUUGCAAUGAGUUUUUCUUCGACCGCAAUCCUUGUGCCUUCAGGACCAUCAUGACUUUUUUAACAGCCGGGAAGCUAAGACUCCUCAGGGAAAUGUGUGCUCUGUCUUUCCAAGAUGAAUUGAUUUACUGGGGGAUAGAAGAAGAACAUUUGGAGUGGUGCUGCAAGAGAAGACUGCGACAGAAAGAGGAGGAGAUGGCUGAGGCCGCAUUGUUCGAAGGGGAGCUGAUAGUUAAUGAAGAACCACAGUGUGCCUUCGAGGACAGCAGCCGUUUGAGUUUGUGCAUGAGAAGGCUCAGGGAUAUGGUGGAGAAUCCUCAUUCGGGGAUCCCAGGAAAGAUCUUUGCUUUUAUAUCUGUAUCAUUUGUUGCCAUCACUGCAGUUAGUCUCUGUAUUAGUACCAUGCCAGAUCUCAGAGCAGAAGAAGAUCGGGGUGAAUGUUCCAAGAAGUGCCAUGACAUCUUUGUGUUGGAGACGGUCUGUGUGGCCUGGUUUUCCUUUGAGUUCGUCUUACGCUCCAUCCAGGCAGAGAGCAAGUGCGCCUUCUUGAAGACCCCACUCAACAUCAUAGACAUUUUGGCCAUCUUGCCUUUUUACAUCUCUCUGUUUGUGGAUAUGGCCUCUACCAAAAACAGCAGCAAGCCUGGGGGAGGCGGAGUUGGCAACAAAUACCUGGAGAGAGUGGGACUCGUCCUCCGAUUUUUGCGAGCCCUACGUAUCCUGUAUGUCAUGCGGUUGGCACGGCAUUCCUUGGGGCUGCAGACCCUGGGACUUACUGUGCGCCGCUGCACACGGGAAUUUGGACUCCUCCUCCUUUUCCUUUGUGUUGCUAUGGCACUUUUUUCCCCAUUAGUUUUCCUAGCGGAGAGUGAAAUGGGAGCCAAGCAUGAAUUCACGAGUGUUCCUAGUAGUUAUUGGUGGGCUGUAAUAUCCAUGACAACUGUUGGUUAUGGUGACAUGGUGCCUCGCAGCAUUCCAGGACAAGUGGUAGCCCUGAGCAGUAUCUUGAGUGGCAUUUUGCUUAUGGCUUUCCCUGUCACUUCCAUCUUUCACACUUUUUCCCGCUCAUACACAGAGCUUAAAGAACAGCAGCAGCGAGCUGCUACACGACAGUUUCAUCAGGUAGAAGAAAUCCCUACUGAUGACAGCGCUCAGGGAGAAGAUGCCCCGUGUCCACAAGGGACUAAUGAAGAGAUGCUUCAUACUGAUACAGAACAGGGAACAAAGAGUUACUGACUUUAACGAAAUCAAAAUCUUGCAGCAACAGUAUUGAAAAACUGGGCAAG